UUCACAUGCUAUGGCUAUUACCAGAACAGCUCCCAUCUGUGGUCAGUGCCCAGUAACCACCUAGAACUCCUGGUCUCAGGGACCCUUCAGAAGCCCAUCCUGUGGGCUGAGCCAAGCUCUGUUAUCAACAUAGGGAAACCUAUGACUAUCUGGUGCAAAGGAACCACGAAAACCCAAGUAUACUUCCUGCAUAAAGUAGGAAGCCCAGCUCCCUGGGAAGGACAACCUUUUCAUAGGCCUGAUACCAAGGCCAUGUUCUCCAUCACAUCAGUGGAGAGGCAUCAUGCAGGGCAAUAUCACUGUUACUGUUACAACUCUGUUGGGUGGUCAGAGCACAGUGACACCCUAGAGCUGGUGGUGACAGGAGUCUACCUCAGCAAAGUCUUCUUGUCAGCCAACGACAGUCCUGUGGUGAAGUCACGAGAGUAUACGACACUUCAGUGCUCCUCACAAGAGAAAUAUUAUAGUUUCAUUCUAAUGGAGGAAGAUCAGAAAUUCUCCAGUACCAUGCCUUCACAGAAAACAAACACUGGUCUCUUCCAGGCCCUUUUCAGAGUGGGUCCUGUGACUUCCAACCAGAGAUGGAGGUUCACAUGCUAUGGCUAUUACCAGAACAGCUCCCAUCUGUGGUCAGUGCCCAGUAACCACCUAGAACUCCUG